AUGAGUGCAAGUAAAAUAAGUUACACACAAAAAAAAAGUCAAGAGAAUUUCUCUGAAAACUCUAAAAUCAAUCAAAAUUGCAUUAUGAGUAGACUUGACUGGUUUAAGUAUGCAGAAGAAGCUUUUAAUUUUGCCAAACACAAUUACAGUUUGCUAAAAAUUAAUGCUAAUCAAUUGAUAUCAUCUUUAGAAAAACUUUCAUAUAAGCUUCCAUUGCUUUCUCCGCCUCAAUAUUACUCUAUAAAUUCAUUAUAUCCUUAUUCAUAUAGAAAGUUUAAGAGUGCUGAAUUUUGAUUCGGCCUUACGCCAUUUGGACUCUUGCGUAUACCCAGCGGAGGCCACCUUUUUGGAGUCAAGGAAGGCUAUAUGCCCCGCUUAUAGCCAUAUAAAUCUUAAUCUUACUCAUAUAAUGAAGUAAUCCAAAAAAUAUUGGAAUUUAGCCAAGAUUUUGACUGUGAUGAACUAAUUGAUUCACUAAUAGAAAUCAAGAAAAAACCUGAAUAUAAAAUUAAAAUUGAUAGAACCUCUCCAGAAAAAAUUGAGUUAAAAACACAUAUAAAUUCUCAAAAUGAUGCUAAUUCAGGGCAAUCCUCAAAUUGUAUUUCAAUUUCUCAUGCUGAAAGCUUUGUUAUGCCUAAAUUUUCUGCACAAAUUUUAUAUAUAAAUUUGUCUGAUAAUAGAAUUUCGCAAGCCAAAUGAGAAAUUCCUCAGUCUUUGGUGCUUCUUAAUUUGAGCAAUAAUUUGUUGACAGAAUUUUCAAAUAAAAAUCCAUUGAUUAAUUUGCAGUAUCUAAAUUUAAGUGGAAAUAGAAUAGCUUCAAUUGAGAAUUUUGCGGAAUUUAGAGAGCUGAUUGAGGUUUACAUAGAAAAAAAUUUUAUUGAAAAUAUUGGGUCUUUAUGCAAUACAGAAAAUUUAAAAUUAAUUGAUGCUGCGCAUAAUUUAAUUGAAAAAUAUGAAGAUAUUGCACCUUUGGCUGCUAGUGCAAAACUGCAAACAUUGAGCCUAAAAGGUAAUAAAAUUACAAAGAAUCUAAAUUAUCAAGAAUUUGCUAAAAAUUUUUUCUCAAAAAUCAGCACUAUAGACCCACCUAAUAUAUUUUCUCUAUCUAAAUGCCCAAUUCCUAAUUUACUAUUUUCAUCUCUAUAUAGCCAAAUCCUGCCUCCAGCUGAUAUUUCAAAGCGCUCCAGCAGCCUUUCAAUACCUACUCAAAAAAUCUCCCUUGAAAACUCUCACAAAAUUGACUUAAGCCAGAUCAGCUGCUUAGAAAUUUUAAAUUCUUCAAAAACCUCUACCCCAAAAACCUGUACAAGGUCUACAACCCCAAUGUUUAUUGACAAAUCAAAAAUAUCAAGAAGCACUAAUGCGUCCCCUAGGUCAGCAAAAAUAAAUAUCCAGCCCAGAACUCCUGAACGAUCCUCAAAAAAAGUUCUUCAGUCAAAAUUAGUUUCUUCAGGGCGAAUAAGCCAAAGUGAUGAGUCCUUUAAGAACUUUUCAAUGGCCAGCAAGGUAAGCGUGAUUAACAGUGAAAGCAUCACAAGCUCCUUAAAAAUCGGGUACGGCAACCCUAUUUCUGCUAUGAUGAUUAAGCCUGCUUUAAGCACAAAAAUAAAGCCAAAGACAUAA